GUAACUGGGGCUCAAAAAAAUUUAUUUUGUAUGGAGAUGAGCUUUAUCUAAAGGCUGAAUCUUUUUGAUCUUUAGAAGAAACCAAAGCUUUUAAAAGAGUCAGACAAGAUGCCUGUUGUUCAUAGUUUAAACAAGGUCCAGAAGACCAUCCAGAAAUCAAAGGGUGCGAUGCAUCCAAAGGGAAGAAAGUUCAAACAGUUGAAUAGAGCUACUUUAAGAGAACACAAGAUUAAUGAAAAAAAGAUGCAACAUGUUGAAAAGAAAGAGUUUGAGUUGAUGAGAGUUAAGUUCUUCCAAGAAGCUAUUAAUAAUAGAGACAAACAAGAAACUUUCAGUCUGGAAGAUAUGAAGUUGUUUAUCGAAGCAUUUUUAAGUAGAGAUGAUGAAGAAUUGGAUAGAUUAAAAGCUGAAAGACGUAAAGGUAGACCUCCAACCAAUAGACAACUAUUAUUAGAAAACAAAAAGAAACACGAAGAACAUGUUUAUGAUUCAGGAUAUUUGGUUCCAGAUCUAAGUGAUAAAAGAACUGUUGAACUUUUAAGAAAUUGGAACGGUACUACUGGUGGUUCUAGUAUUUUCAAAUUUAUUCACAUUUCAAGAGAUACAGCUGAAUUACCUUCCAAAAAGGAUGAAACUAUGAAGGAAUAAUUUCAAGUCAUAAAUUAAAGUUUUGUACAUUAGAAUAAAUAAAAUUA